AUGUUUCUGCUCUGCCCCAGUCAACUGAGAGCCCAGCUCGGGACAACCCCCAACAUAAAACACAUUGUGGUCGGAAGGUGUUAUAGUUACAUGACUCUAGUUAACCCCAGUUUAAGGUAUGACUGUGAGGAGAUCUGGAGACAGUUUGAGGAGGCGGUGGUCCGACAGUCUUCUUGUAAUGUGACGGUGGAGGAUUAUCAUCACAUGUUUCAAGUAAUACCACAAACCUGGGUUUGUGAUAGGUUCCUCUUCUGGAGUAAAACCAGGACACUGAUGCACAGCUAUGCGGCUGUUGUACCUCACUUCUGGACACUGGAGGACACACUGGUUGGAUAUAUGUUCAACGACCUCAUCUGGUGUGGCCAAAAGGAGGACUUAGGUUUUGAUUUCAGCUCUUGUCCGGAGUGGUCGGCGUGCAGAAAUCAUCCAGUGUAUUCUUUGUGGAGGCAAGCUUCACAAAAUUUUGCAGAGACGGCAUGUGGCAACAUCACUGUAUUACUGAAUGGCUCUAUUGAUAAUGCCUUCAAUAAGAAAAGCAUGUUUGGAAGUGUUGAACUGGACUAUCUGAAUCCAAAAAUUGUGAAUUAUGUCAACAUAAAGGUGGUUACAAAUCUAGAGGGACCCUUUAUAGAAUCAUGUAGACAAGGAUCCAUCGUAGACUUGAUCCAAAUCCUCCAGUCCAGAGGUUUCCACUGGACCUGCACAGACAACGACCAGACCCUGAUGAUCCUUCAGUGUAUCCAGAAGCCCGAACACUCCUCCUGCCAGACAUUUGCAAACAGCCUGUUACACAGAAAGAUCACGUUGAACUGA